AUGUCGUCCGAUACAAGCACACCCAACCUUCCCAAUGAUUUUCCAUCCACAAGACCUCCCCAAACAAUUAUUCGGAAGAAAGUCAUGGUUCGAAGGUUAACCUCUGCUCAUCAAGCAACAACACCAAUUUCCUCCAAUAAUGGUGUUGCUGAAUCAAUGACAAAUGACACCCUACGAAGCAAAUCUGAGAACCAACAAGGUGGCACGAAUCCUCGGUGUCACACUCCAAACACUGCUCAAGAGCAACCAAAGAACGAUCCAUCUAGCCUCCUCAGCAAUGAGAAAGAAAAGACAACUGAACAAUACGCGGAAGACCAAAACACUUCUUCAAACAAUAACAAUAACAACAAUUGCAAUACCAUCAUUGAAAACAAUAGUAUCUCUACAUCUGCGGCUACUACUACUUCUCUCAACACACCAUCUGACAUUAAUUCUCAAACUACUAGUGCGAGUGGAAGUACUUACUUUCAACAACAACAUAGUAACAUUAUCAAACGUAUUAUUGAAAAAAAGUCUUCUUCUUUUGGAGGAAAGUCUUCCAUCACCAUUGCUGUCAAAAGUCCAACCAAUAAUAAUAACAAUUCGUUCACUGUCACUUGCAGUAGCUCUUCGGAUUCAUUCGAUCGAACAAACAUUGUUGAAUCGAAUUUGUCAACAACAACAACAACCACUACUGUUUCAUCACCCAAUAUUGGGAUCACCACUCGUCGAUCAUCUUCUUCCUCUUCGAGUGAAGUCUCCAUUCCAAGUCAAUCCAUGCGUGCAAGAUCUGUACGUGCAGUUGCUUGUUCAAAACAAGCAAGUGAUAGGGAUUUCAAUCCAACACUUAAUGAAUGCGAAAAGUUGAAAUCCACUCGAAAAUUUGGAGAUUUGGAGCGAGUGUGUCGAGACUUUUUAACUCGAUACUUUUCUAGUGAUGUCAAGAUGGCUAAAAUCUAUUUGUAUUUGGCUUGUGCAUUGCGAGAAGGUUUACUCUUUCGGGAUGCUCUGAAAUACUUUAAUGAGGCGCUUAAAAUUGAUUCUUCAUUGUCCAAAAAAUCAACAUUUUUACGUGACUAUGGCCACACGUUGGUGUGUGACGAGCAGUAUGAAUUGGCAAAUCAAUAUUUCGAAAAAUCGUUGCUAGCUCUCGAAAAGGAAUCAAACACAAAUGAUAUGGCCGAUAAAGGUGAAUUGAAAAGUGCCAUGUUUAUGUGCACCAUUCUUGGAGACAAGUCAAAUGUUCAAGAUAUUAAUUUGCAAUCCUAUUUAACAACCUUGGAUACGAAUCAUGCACUCACUCACUACGCCAUAGGACUUUACUAUGAAAGGAAAUGUGACUAUCAAAAUGCAAUCCAAUAUUACAAAUCGUCACAAAUUAAGGAACCUUCCUUUGAUUGUGCCUAUGAGCGAGUUGGAAUGUGUUACUUAAAAUUGGGAGUUUUAGAAAGAGCCAAGUCAAGUCUCGAUUUGGCAUGCACAUUGAAUCGACAGAAUUUCAGAGCCUUGUUCGAAUUGGCCAAGUUGCAUUUGAGAAGUGGAUCCACAGCUAACUGUAAAAUUAAAUUGAAAUGUAUCAUCGAGAGAUCAUCAACGCUGGUAGAUUCAACAAGUGAUCGAUUGAGAUUAUAUCAAUAUCUUGCAGAAUCCUAUUAUUUACUUGCCAUCAUCAAAUAUUCAAGUGAAAGUGAAGAAUCAGAAAAAUCAGAAACACUCUUCAAUCAAGCUAUUCGAUACUUCACACGAUAUCAUGAUUUGGUGCAAAAAUUUCCAGACAAACUUGCAAAUUAUUCAACAGAAAAUUACUACAACACACUUGGAUUGUGUCACAUGUAUUCCGACCAUGCUCAAGAAGCGGGCGAAUGCUUUGCCAAAGCCAUUGAAUUUGAACCACAGUCUCCUUUUGGAUAUUACAAUUUGGGAGUUUUGUUUGAAAUGAAUGAAUUGUAUGACGAUGCAUUAGAAAGUUUUUCACACGCUCUCAAAUUGUCACCUAUGGAUACCGAUUGUAAAUUUGCGGUGAAAAGAGUAACGCGAAAAAAGAAGAAUGCAAUUUUCACGAAUUAUGGCUUAAUUGGAACGGAAAUUAUAAAUAAUUAA